AUGGCGUGGGUUCCGCUGUUAGACAUGUCCCCGACAUCCGCAUCGGCGCUUGAACUUACCGACGGUAGAGACAUGGGGAAAGAUGACGCCCAUGGCGCCGCCGUCCAGCACCCUCUGCACGAAGCCGUUGCCGCACUGGUGGGGGACGCGGACGAACGGGGUCAGGCCGACGUUGAGGCUGGCGUGGCUGAGGAUGCUGGCGUCGGAGAUGCUGAGGUUGGAGUGCUCCAGGUCGAUGAAGAGGCUGUCGUAGCCGGCGUUCUUGACGAGCGUGGCUAUCGUCGGGUGGGCCAUGACUUUUACGCCAAAGGCCUGUUUCGUGGGGGGCGGAAGCAUUUGUCAGUCAGUACUGUGGUGUUCUUGCUGCUAAAAAGGGAUGGGGGGGUUAUUGUGCCUGCCUUGCAUAGCUGGCCCGCUGCCGCUUUUCGUAUGAGGUUGUUUGCAAACAUUGGCAUUGCGGUUGGCGUGCUGUGUACUGGAAGGAAAUAA